CUUUCUUUGUCCAAAGUCGCGCCUCAGAUAAGUAACCUGCCUAGCCUCAGUCUCAGUGUACCAACACAAUGGAAUCCACUGUGCCGCCAAAACAACCCCAACUCAUCCCGGCGGAUGAUGACGAUGAUAUUGACGAGUCAUCAAUACCAGCCUACGUUGGUGCGACUUUACAUCCCGACACCACCUCGUCAGGCAAGGGGAAAGGUCGUGCCGUCACUCCUGAUAUCCCGGACCCCACGAGUGGAGGCGUCUCUGGUUCUAGAUCCCCUGCAUUUUCUGGAAAUAUUGGGUCACCUGCUACUCCAAAAGCUGCUGGUUCGAGACGGAUAGUUGGGGGUGUUCAAAUAGAAACUAGGUAUACUGGCACAGACACACUGGAUGAACCUAUCCUUGACACAAUUACACGAGACUUGAAGUCUAUUUACGUGAAGUUGACCCAAGUGUUGUAUCCGCGAAAGAGUGGCGUUGGAAGAGAGGCUUUGCGUGAUUGGGACCUAUGGGGACCACUGAUUUUUUGCUUGGCUUUGGCUAUCAUGUUGAGUAUAAAUGCUCCUAAAACUCAAUCUCUGGGAGUGUUUACUGGUGUCAUCGCUAUCGUCUCUUUGGGGUCGGUCAUUGUUACAUUAAAUGCAAAAUUGCUGGGUGGUCGGGUAUCGCUCUUCCAAACGCUGUGUGUUCUUGGAUAUUGUACAUUCCCCCUUGUCAUUGCUGGCUUGAUUUCGACUUUCAUCCGAAUUUUGUGGGUGAGAGCCCCCAUUUCGCUGGCUGCAUGGGCGUGGUCCGUUUGGGCUUCUAUCAAUUUCCUCGACGGGACGAAAAUUGAGCAACAGCGAGUCUUACUCGCGGUAUAUCCUAUUUUAUUAUUCUAUUUCAUCCUCUCCUGGAUGAUCUUAAUACAAUAAGACCUCAUUUCCCUGUCACUUAUUCAAUCUCAUUGCUCUGACACAAUCUAUCUGAUGGGAAUUGAUAAGGCCUGACAGCAACUGCCAAAACUUCAAGGCUGCCGAUCGUUUGGCGCUUCAGUCUCCGAAUGCCGGCUGUUGAGAUGGAGUCCACAACCGUUGGACGGUAGUAUCUAUUACAUAUAGCCGUAGGCUGACGCACCACAACUCCGCAC